CCACGCACGAGCGAGACCGGUUUUCGGUCUGCCAAGAUGGCGCCGGUGAAGGCGGCGGCGGAAAAUGUCUUCAGCUAGCUUGUUGUGUUAGAUAGGUAUUUCGGGUUGCGGCUUGUCUUUUACCUAGGUAUACAUUUCCAGUCCGAGCAGGACAUCAGUUGGGAUUGUGUAACCUUCUUAGCGAGCCGCUUUAUAUUUAACUGAAGGACUAGGAUGGUAAUAUGACACAGGGUAAGAAGAAAAAGCGGGUGAAUCGCAGUCUCCUGCUAGCGAAAAAAAUCAUAAUCAAGGAUGGAGGAACGCCGCAAGUUUUCGGGUCUCCCAGCGUUCACCACGCAGUCAUUGUGGUCUUCCUGGAGUUCUUUGCCUGGGGCCUCCUCACUGCACCUACGCUGGGGGUCCUGCACGAGACGUUCCCUAAGCACACCUUCCUGAUGAACGGCCUCAUCCAGGGUGUGAAGGGUCUGCUGUCGUUUCUGAGUGCUCCACUGAUCGGCGCCCUGUCGGAUGUAUGGGGGAGGAAGUCCUUCCUUCUGCUGACGGUGUUCUUCACCUGCGUUCCCAUCCCCCUGAUGAAGAUCAGCCCCUGGUGGUACUUCGCGGUCAUCUCGGUGUCAGGAGUGUUUGCUGUGACCUUCUCCGUCGUAUUUGCGUACGUGGCGGACAUCACCGAGGAGCACGAGCGCAGCAUGGCCUACGGACUGGUCUCGGCCACCUUUGCUGCCAGUCUGGUCACCAGCCCGGCCAUCGGGGCCUACCUGAGCCGCGUAUACGGGGACAGCCUGGUGGUGGCGCUGGCGUCGGCCAUCGCCAUGUUGGACAUCUGUUUCAUCCUGGUGGCCGUGCCGGAGUCCCUGCCAGAGAAGGUGCGGCCGGCGACCUGGGGAGCGCCCAUCUCCUGGGAGCAGGCCGACCCCUUUGCUUCCCUGCGGAAGGUGGGCCAGGAUUCGACGGUGCUGCUCACCUGCAUGACCGUAUUCCUCUCCUUCCUCCCUGAGGCUGGACAAUACUCCAGCUUCUUCCUCUAUUUACGGCAGAUAAUGAAAUUCUCCCCUGAGAGUGUGGCAGCUUUCAUAGCAGUGCUUGGGUUACUCUCGAUCAUCGCACAGACGGUGGUAAUGAGUUUGCUGAUGAGGUCCAUUGGAAACAAGAAUACUAUCUUACUGGGCCUGGGCUUCCAGAUCCUGCAGCUCGCCUGGUACGGGUUUGGGUCCGAGCCAUGGAUGAUGUGGGCAGCAGGAGCUGUGGCAGCCAUGUCCAGCAUCACCUUCCCAGCGAUCAGCUCGCUGGUGUCCCGCACAGCAGACCCCGACCAGCAAGGGGUGGGCCAGGGCAUGAUCACGGGAAUACGGGGGCUCUGCAACGGCCUCGGACCGGCGCUCUACGGCUUCAUCUUCUACAUUUUCCAUGUGGAGUUGGACGAGGUGCCUGAAGGCAGCCACGAGAACCAACACCCUGCUCAUGACAUGCAGCCGAAUUCAGUGAUCCCGGGCCCACCAUUCCUGUUUGGCGCAUGCUCCGUGCUGCUCGCCCUGUUGGUGGCGCUGUUCAUCCCUGAGCACAGCGGGCACACUACACGCCCUGGCAGCUGGAAGAAACACGCCUCCCCUCCUGGCCACCCGCACAGCCCCCAGCCUGCUGGGGAGGCGAAGGAGCCUCUGCUCCAGGACAGCAAUGUGUGAUGGUGCACAUGGGCCUUAAAGCAACGUCCUAUACAAGGUCUGCAUGUACAUAAGAAGGCUAGGCGCUCGGUUUUACUCUGUGGUCAGGUUUUUAUAAAGGGGAGUGGCUCACUCAGGGACACACACCUGGUAACACAGGACCGCACCUGAACACAGUGUGUUCGCCGAAAAAGCUUUCCAGCACGUUGUCCUGCUGGACUGCAUCACUGGGAGCUGGAGUUCUGGACAGCCUCCUAAAGGACAGCCUUAAUCGACGGAGAAGACUACAUGGUGACGUUUCUGCCUGAUCAUGUCGGUUGCCUGACAACUUAUUACCCAUACUUCUAAAUUGAUUUAAUUAUCAGGGUGAUAGUGAAACGUUCCUUUUAGUUUUACCAGUAUUCGAGAAUACUGUAAUGGGACCAGAUUCUCACAUUGACAUUUUUUUUCCCACUGCUUAAUAUAGGAAGUGUGUAGGGCAAGUCCUGUACUUUUUAACCCUGCAUAUUUACAGCAAACUGUUUACACAUCAGAUUGUGUGUGUUGCCUUUUAGCUGUUCUGUUGACAUCGGAGGCAUUGUGUAGCUUUGAAAAUGCAAGAUCCGUCAUCAGUGGCCUUCUGUAGAGAGUCAUGAAAAUGCUAAUUUACCAAAUACCUGAAAUAUUACAUAUGGAAUUGUGACUAUAGUUUUGUGAACCCUUGUUGUAUUGAAUUGGUAUUGUAAUAUUUCACAAUGUUUUUGUUUUACCUGAAUGGUUUUUGCUGACUUUUAAUCCCUUGACUGAUGCUGCUGUACAUAUGUCAAAAUGAAACCAAGAUUAUUGGUUAAUUAGCACAUUAUUUGUAUGUUAUGAAGAAAAUAAAGUGAGAGACAAUCUAA